AUGAAUAAGCACGGGACUUACCGGAAGCAUCCCAAAGAAAUUAGUACUCUCACUAAGCUUUCGUAUCUUGAUAUGUUCCAUAAUAAUCUUCAUGGUGUAUUGCACAAGGAACUUGCUGCAAUAUGGCAUAUAAACCUUUCAUACAAUUCCUUUAACUUUUCUCAAGAAGUUGGCAUGAAGUCAGAGUUACCUGAGUAUUGUUCUUUUAAAGAAGAUUCCUUAAUUGGUUGCAAUACACCAGACUUCAGAUCUUGCCAUUAUGUCUCACAAACUAGUACAAUUAAGCACCUCAUUAUAAUUGCUGUCCCUGUCACCUGCAUCAUUCUUAUAUUCACAAUUCUAGCAAUAUUGCUUUUCGCAAGACGCACCAAAAAUAUCAUUGAAGCAACACAGGACUUUGAUAUCAGAUACUGCAUAGGAACUGGUGGAUAUGGCAGUGUGUAUAGAGCACAACUUCCAAGUGGCAAAGUUGUUGCAUUGAAGAAACUUCAUCAAUUGGAGUCUCAAAAUCCUUCUUUUGACAAGAGUUUCCGCAAUGAGGUCAAGAUAGGAAGCUUACUUUAUGCCUUGAGAAUGGAUGAUGAAGCUGAGGAGUUAAGUUGGAGCCAAAGGGUGAAUAUACUUAGUGGAACAGUUCAGUAUGAACUACUGCUUGAGCUAUGCUCAAUCAACAAAGUUUGUUCCUUGAUCGCAUUGUUGUAUUUGUAUCUCGUGUUCAUUUGA